AUGUCGUUUUUCGGUCAACUAUCCAAUUUCGUCAGUGAACACAAGGAUUUGCCACUGCUGAGGGAAGGGAUCCAGAGGACCAAAGCGGAGCUGACAGGUGCGCAGAUCGCUUCUUUAGUUUCUCUCUGCUGGAUCAAUCCGAACCAUCGUCAUGAUGAUCCCGAAGAAAUGGAGCACGAUCGCAUACGCGAGGAAAUCCGUCAAAGCCAUCGUUUCACAAGUUUCGCUGAUAUUCGAGAGAACAACACAGUAAAAUGGCAUAUUGAUGGUCAUGAUUACUUUUGGGCUAUGUCUGAGAUCCUUGACUCUGCUCAGGAGUGCAUCUUCAUUCUGGACUGGUGGCUUUCGCCCGAGCUUUAUCUACGUCGUCCCCCGGCUGAUAAUUACGAAUGGCGGCUCGACCGACUCUUGCAGCGCAAGGCACAACAAGGCGUCAAAGUCUAUGUUAUCGUAUACAAGGAAGUCACUCAGACAAUGAGCAUGUCCAGCAAACACACCAAGAACGCUCUCACCGAGUUGCACCCGAAUAUCACUUGCGUGAGACACCCAGAUCAUAUUGGGUCCGAUUCUAACGUCGAGUUCUGGAGCCACCACGAAAAGGUUGUCGUUGUCGAUAAUAAAAGAGCUUGUAUUGGGGGUUUGGAUGCGUGUUUUGGGCGCUGGGAUACUCACUCUCACCCUCUAGCAGACUGUCAUCCCACGGAUUUUUCGAAAACGCUCUUUCCUGGACAAGAUUACAACAACGCAAGAGUACUUGACUUUCAACAAGUGGAUCAUUAUGCGAGCAACCAGGUGUCUUUAUUAGAAACGGCUCGUAUGCCCUGGCAUGACGUCCACAUGACCCUGAUCGGGCCAGUAGUCCUGGACAUUGUGCAGCAUUUCGUCGAACGCUGGAACGAAAUAAAAAACCGUAAAUAUGCUAAAAGACAGGAUGUCGAUUGGCUGGCGCUUCCUCAUGACACUGAUGCCGAACCUGACCAACCUGUUACGCGACACCCUCACCGCGAGCGCUGGCAUAAGAUGGGGCGUCGCUUUAAGCAGAAAUGGCAAGGAGAGGAAUAUCCUCCUGACGACGAGGACGGUCAUUCACCCUUUGGUACAUGCCGUGUCCAAGUCGUGCGCAGCGUUAGCGAUUGGAGCCAUGGCGUCCUGACUGAAGACAGUGUUCAGAGGGCUUAUAUUGAACUAAUUUCGGAGGCGAAACACUUUAUUUACAUUGAAAAUCAGUUUUUCAUUUCAAAUACAGGAAACUAUGGCCCGGUCAAGAAUCUCAUUGCCAAAGCGUUAGUUGAUCGAAUCCUUGUAGCUGCCCAGAGUGGUCAAAAGUUCAAGGUCAUUAUCGUUAUCCCGGAAGUCCCUGGAUUCGCCGGAAACAUUAAAGAUGAAAACGGAAUCAAGACGAUUAUGGCGGCUCAGUAUCGGACUAUAAACCGUGGGGGACACAGUAUUUACGAAGAGAUUCGUAGCGCAGGCUACGAUGCACGAGACUACAUCCGUUUCUAUCACCUCCGCACUUACGAUCGCAUCAACUCCCCUGCAUCAUUCAUCCGUGAGAUGGAACAAAACUCGGGCGUGACAUUCCAUCAAGCUCAAGUUGCACAAGCUCGUCUGUGGAUUGGCGAUGACGGUUUUUGGCAUCAAGAAAAGGUUCAAAUUCGCGCCCCCGAACCUACAGCCGGAUUAGACAACUCUGGAAUGGGACUCACUGAAAAGGGUAAAGAGACACAAAAGACAGUCGAAGCUGUUGAUAUGCCCGCAACAACGCAAGAGGCGGAGGAGAUUAUUUCCAGGUUCCAGAAUGGUGCACCGAGAGGAGAUGAAGAUGUCGCAGAUACCGUCGGACAGCAUUCUCUAGCGGACCAAACCAAAUUCACAGAUGAGCAGUGGCUUGGAUCGGAGCAAGAGGAACGGGAUUCAUACGUCUCGGAGUUGUUGUAUAUCCACUCAAAGGUCAUGAUCGUCGACGAUCGUCGCGUGAUUAUGGGAUCUGCCAACAUCAAUGACCGUAGUCAAAAGGGUGACGGCGACUCUGAAAUUGCACUCGUGGUCGAGGACACAGACGAGAUCGAAUCGAAAAUGAACGGCGAAAACUACAUGGCAACUCGCUUUGCUGCGAGCCUUCGCCGUAAACUGUUCCGAGAGCACCUCGGUCUAAUUGAGCCUCAAGUCUGCGAAAACGGAAAUCACCCAAUCACCUCAUUCAUGCGCCCGGCCCCGAUCCCCAACGAUGAUGAGUUCGGAACUCGGGAGGAUAGCGCAGUAGUGGACCCCUUAUCGGACCGCUUCCAGGCACUCUGGUCCGGUACAGCCCAGAAGAAUAGGGCCAUAUUCUCCGAAUUGUUCAGGACAGUGCCAAAUAACAUUGUUCAAAACUGGGAAGAUUACAAGAAAUACGUUCCUAAAGUCAAGACCGGCCAUUUAGCGACUGAAUGGGAUUUGGCGAUGGUCAAGUCUAAACUUUCGCAGAUCCAUGGACAUCUGGUCGAGGCUCCGUUAGAGUUUUUAAUUGGAGAGAAGGAACUAGUCCAAAAUCCCGAUUGGCAAGGUUUGAAUCCUACAAUUGGACCCGUAGACCCAAAUGGGGGUGUCGAGAACGAGAAAUCGGGGGAAGAGGGGAGGGAUGCGUUCAUGGAGGAAGGGGCCAUGGAACAAUACUCGAAUGGAAGUAGAAUCAAAUGGGGUGCAUACCUAUUCGUGUACAACGGCGGCCUGUUAUCGAUACAAGCGGGUGGAUCUAGCCUAGCGCAAUCCAAGCAUUGA